GCGGCGGCGGCGGCGGCGGCCACGGCGUUGGCAGUGUCUCCGGAGCCGGAAGGUUCGGCUGCUUCAGGCCAGCGGCCCGACCCCUCCUGGGCCAUGUCGGCCCAGGGCGACUGCGAGUUCCUGGUGCAGCGAGCCCGGGAGUUGGUGCAGCAGGACCUGUGGGCGGCCAAGGCGUGGCUGAUCACGGCCCGCAGCCUCUACCCCGCCGACUUCAACAUCCAGUACGAGAUGUACACCAUCGAGCGGAAUGCGGAGCGCACCGCCACCGCGGGGAGGCUGCUGUACGACAUGUUUGUGAAUUUCCCAGAUCAGCCGGUGGUAUGGAGAGAAAUCAGCAUUAUUACAUCAGCAUUAAGGAACGAUUCACAGGAUAAACAAACCCAAUUUUUAAGAAGUUUAUUUGAAACUCUUCCUGGUCGGGUCCAGUGUGAAAUGUUACUCAAGGUUACGGAACAAUGCUUCAACACAUUGGAACGAUCAGAAAUGCUGCUGCUGCUUUUGAGACGCUUCCCUGAAACAGUGGUGCAGCAUGGGGUUGGCCUUGGGGAGGCACUGCUAGAGGCCGAAACCAUUGAAGAACAGGAAUCUCCUGUUAACUGCUUUAGAAAAUUGUUUGUUUGUGAUGUCCUUCCUUUAAUAAUUAACAACCAUGAUGUUCGGUUGCCUGCCAAUUUAUUAUACAAGUACUUGAACAAAGCAGCUGAAUUUUAUAUCAAUUAUGUCACCAGGUCUACUCAGAUAGAGAAUCAGCAUCAAGGUGCGCAAGAAACAUCUGAUUUAAUGUCACCUAGCAAACGUAGCUCUCAGAAGUACAUAAUAGAAGGAUUGACUGAAAAAUCAUCCCAGAUUCUGGACCCUUGGGAGAGGUUGUUUAAGAUUUUGAAUGUUGUUGGAAUGAGAUGUGAAUGGCAGAUGGAUAAAGGAAGACGAAGCUAUGGUGAUAUUUUGCACAGAAUGAAGGAUCUCUGCAGAUACAUGAACAACUUUGAUAAUGAAGCUCAUGCAAAAUAUAAAAACCAAGUGGUUUAUUCCACAAUGUUGGUCUUCUUUAAAAAUGCAUUCCAGUAUGUCAAUAGCAUACAGCCAUCUCUCUUCCAAGGUCCUAAUGCCCCAAGCCAAGUUCCACUGGUUCUCCUGGAAGAUGUAUCAAAUGUGUAUGGUGAUAUAGAAAUUGAUCGUAAUAAACACAUACAUAAAAAGAGGAAACUGGCUGAAGGAAGAGAAAAACCCAUGCAGAGUUCAGACGAUGAGGACUGUUCAGCAAAAGGAAGGAAUCGUCACAUUAUCAUCAAUAAAGCAGAACUUGCUAACUCAAUUGAAGUGUUAGAAAGCUUUAAGUUGGCCAGGGAGAGCUGGGAGUUGCUCUAUUCCCUAGAAUUCCUUGACAAGGAAUUUACAAGAAUUUGUUUGGCAUGGAAGACGGAUACUUGGCUUUGGUUAAGAAUCUUCCUCACUGAUAUGAUCAUCUAUCAGGGUCAAUAUAAAAAGGCAAUAGCCAGCCUGCAUCACUUAGCAGCUCUCCAGGGAUCACUUCCUCAGCCACAGCUCACGGGACAGGGCACCUUGGAGCACCAGAGGGCGCUCAUCCAGCUGGCCACUUGCCACUUUGCUCUAGGGGAGUACAGAAUGACAUGUGAAAAAGUCCUGGAUUUGAUGUGCUACAUGGUGCUCCCCAUUCAAGAUGGAGGCAAAUCACAGGAAGAACCUUCAAAAGUAAAGCCCAAAUUUAGAAAAGGUUCGGACCUGAAGCUUCUGCCUUGUACCAGCAAGGCUAUCAUGCCGUACUGCCUGCAUUUAAUGCUAGCUUGUUUUAAGCUUAGAGCUUUCACGGACAGCAGGGAUGACAUGGCUCUGGGGCAUGUGAUCGUAUUGCUUCAGCAGGAGUGGCCGCGUGGAGAGAAUCUUUUCUUGAAAGCUGUCAAUAAGAUUUGCCAACAAGGAAAUUUCCAAUAUGAGAAUUUUUUCAAUUAUGUUACAAAUAUUGACAUGCUGGAGGAAUUUGCCUACCUAAGAACUCAGGAAGGUGGGAAAAUCCAUCUGGAAUUACUGCCCAAUCAAGGAAUGCUGAUCAAGCCUACUAGCCCUCCCAUGGGGUUACUGCAGCAGGAAUUCUUACCUGUGCUUCAGCCCAGCAUACAGACUGCUGACAGGCACCACACGGUCACUCGGGGCAUCACCAAGGGCGUGAAGGAGGACUUCCGCCUGGCCAUGGAGCGCCAGGUGUCCCGCUGUGGAGAGAACUUGAUGGUGGUGCUGCACAGGUUCUGCAUCAACGAGAAGAUCUUGCUUCUGCAGACUCUGGCCUGACGGGAGCCCUUUCCGCCAGAGACGCAGACAUUUGGGGGAGACGUGAAGCCUUGAUAAAUGUCGCUUUACACCUCUUAAG